AUGCAGAAUGCAAAAGAAGUACCGAAUCCAACAGGUGAAAAGAAAACAGAAUGGUUAGAUUACAUCUAUGAUGAUCGCAACAAAUUGGUAAUCCCAGUAGGACCCAGGUUUCAGGUUGAAAUUACAGAUUGGACUGACCCACAGAAGGAAGAUAAAGGCAAGCAUAAAGAGAAUGAAUCUGAUACUUCAAAAUGGUUGGGUACACUAGUAUGGCCAACAGAAAACAACCUAGGAAACAAGGAAGUUAACAACGAGUUGAUUGGGGAAGGGAGAAAUGAGUAUUGUCCUUGUGAGUCCCCUGAAUCUGCUGAAUGUGUUAAAAGUCAUGUUAAAGAAGAAAGGAUGAAGUUGAAGUCUGAAUUGGGGACAGCCUUUGAUAUCUGGAAAUUUGAUGAGAUGGGAGAAGAAAUUUCGAACUUAUGGAACCCUGAGGAACAAAAAACGUUCAGCUCCCUUGUUAAGACGAAUCGGAUGACUCAAGGUAAAAGCUUCUUGAAACCAGCAUUGGAAUCUCUUCCUUCCAAGACUAGGCAGAACAUUGUCAACUAUUAUUUCAAUGUUCACGUUCCUCAGCGGAUCAGCUCACAGACUAGGUCAGGUUGUAAAAUAAUUGACACCGAUGAUGAGGAGGGGGACGAUCAGGCCCCUACUCCCAAGGCUUCUCGGAAAAGGAAUCGAUCGAAAAAAGGUGCAUCCUCUAGUUCUAAACCUGCAAAGAGAAGUUACUUAACUGGUCGACGAUGA